AUGCUCCGCAAAACAGACAUCGCAUACCUAAUAUUUUUCACAACUCACCUCCCAAUAAUCUACCUAAUCGACACCGCCCCACUCCAACCAACCUGGGCCGUAACCUCCCUCUCAACAACCCUACGAACCUUCUACGUAAACACCUACCGCGACAAAUUCUUCGAAUCCCCGACACCAGCAUGGUUCAGCGCAUUUAUCUGGAUGGAGGUGUUGUACCAUGUCCCGGCUAGUUUGUGGGCUGUGUGGGGGUUGUUGAAGGGUGAGUGUAGUCGAGCUGAGCUGAGCGCAGCGCAGCGAGGCUCGGCGAAGCUUCCAAGCAUUGAAGCAUUGCCAAACCAAACCAAGUCUUCAGAGUUCGCUAACCAUAUCUCAUCUGCGACAGAACACCCCCUCAUCCCAGUCCACAUCCUCAUAUUCGGUGUCCAGGCAUUUAUCACCUCGCUUACUUGUCUCGUUGAAGUCUGGGCGUGGGAGGAUAGGAGUACGGUCGAGAAACAGAAUAUUACGGCUCUCUAUGGGCCCUAUGUGGCAUUGGGCGCGUAUAUGGCCAUUGAUUCGAUUCUUCGGUUACGGGCUCAACUAAUGCCUAACUCCAAGGCUAAAGCCCAGACACAGCUUAAGCGGGAGUGA